AUGCUGCUGAGGAGCUGCUGCACCAGCUGGAUUCUGCUUUCAGGCAUCGCUGCUGCUGCAGUGUUUGUCGAGAGGCGCGAGGCCAGCGCAGUGCUGCGGCGAUGGCGGCGAGCAAACAGCGGCUUCCUGGAGGAGAUGCAACAAGGAAACCUGGAGAGGGAAUGCAUCGAGGAGGUGUGCGACUACGAGGAGGCUCGAGAAGUUUUCGAGGACGACGACAAGACGAAUCAGUUCUGGCUGACGUAUAACCGUCGUGACCCCUGCAUUCCCGACCCAUGUCAGAACAACGGGACAUGUGUCCACAUGGGGACCUCCUUCCAGUGUUACUGUCCUGAGGGCUUUGGAGGACAAAACUGUGAGAUGGUGGUGGAGGACCUACUGAAGUGUCUUUACCAGAACGGACAGUGUCAGCACUUCUGUGACGGCUCAGCAGAAACUCGGAGAUGUUUCUGCGCUGACGGAUACAAACUGGCAGCAGACGGACGACAGUGUGUCCCUCAGGUGGAGUAUCCGUGUGGUCAGCUGGCUCCACAGGAGACAGGCGGGAACCUGAGUGUCGUGGGUCAGACUAGGCUGGUGGGAGCUAAUCACUGUCCCAAAGGAGAGUGUCCUUGGCAGGUUCUGGUUCAGUUACACGGAUCCAGUCACUGUGGAGGUGUUCUAAUCAAUCCUGACUGGGUUGUCACAGCUGCCCACUGUAUCCAUGGCAACAACCCCCAAGACCUGACUGUGGUGGCAGGGGAACACAACUUGGAUGUGGAAGAGGGCACAGAACAGAGGAUACCUGUUUCCAUGGCGAUGGCCCACGAAAGCUACGUCGCAGAGACAGGCGACAGCGACGUCGCCUUGCUGCAGCUGAGCCGAUCCGUCACCUUGAACCGUCACGCCAUCCCCGUCUGCCUGCCGACCAAAGACUUCUCCCAGCGGGAGCUCUUGCUGGUCCGCUACCACACCGUGUCCGGCUGGGGAAAGAGGACCGUGGGGGGCAAUGAGGAGCACGGCGCCAUGCCUACUGCCCCGCUGUCCCCUGUCCUCCGCAAAUUUUCCGUCCCCAUCAUCCAGAACUCCCAGUGCUCCCAGAGAGCCCAGUUCAACUUCACCGACAACAUGCUGUGUGCGGGGUACCUGGAGGGCGGCCAGCAGAGUUGCCGUGGUGACGACGGAAGCCCACUGGUCACGCCCUAUGGCUCCACCCACUUCCUGACAGGCGUGGUCGGCUGGGGGCGGGGCUGUCCACAACCAGGGUAUUAUGGGGUGUACACCAACAUGGCCAACUUUGUGGACUGGGUGGAGGGCAUCAUGACGACAGCCAAUGAGAAGCCAACAGCGGAAGCUGCAGUCAUGGAUUUUGACCUGCUGGAACAGAAACUAACUCCAUUACUUCCCCUCAGCACACGGAGGUCUUUCCAGCCGAGCUCACAUCCACCCGGGGCCAUGUUGUGGUUUCACCGACUGUCCCUCGGCCUCCUGCUGCUCCACCUGGCCGCCGCUCACGUAGUCUUCAUGGACGGGAAGGCAGCCAGUCAGGUGCUGACCCGGCGGAGACGAGCCAACAGCUUUUUGGAGGAGGUUAAACAAGGCAACAUGGAGAGGGAGUGCGUGGAGGAGCGCUGCGACUGGGAGGAGGCACGAGAGAUCUUCGAAAACGCUGAGAAAACUAAUGAAUUCUGGGCCAAAUACGUUGAUGGCGAUGCAUGUGAGUCGAUGCCCUGCGCACAUGGAGGACUUUGCAAAGACGGAAUUGGUAGCUACGACUGUUACUGCCAGGCCGGAUAUCAAGGCUUCAACUGUGAAAUCGUUAUUCCCGAGCUCUGUGAGAACAAAAACGGUGGUUGCGAACACUUCUGCAACGUUGCCGGAGGAAACGUUCAGUGCUCCUGCGCUGAUGGAUAUUUCCUGGAACAAGAUGACAAAUCCUGCAGCUCCAACGAGAACUUCAAAUGUGGUGCCCUCAUCACCGAAAACAUCCGGACUGUUUUCAGGUAUGAGCGGAAGAACACAACAGAGAACGACGCUCCCGGGUCUAACUCGACAGACCUCAACACCACCAUCAACUCCACCACACCGGUCGAUCUCUCGGGGUCCUCACUGUCCGAGAACAGCAGCCUCAGCAAAAUUCUGCCAGAAUACGAGCUUCUCGAGGAACUCAUCACCUCUCAAAGGGCGGGUUUGACCCGCAUCGUCAACGGAGAGGACUGUCCACCAGGGGAGUGCCCGUGGCAGGCUCUUCUACUGAACGAGGAGGACCGGGGGUUCUGCGGAGGAACCAUCCUCAACGAAUACAUCAUCCUGACUGCCGCCCACUGCAUGAACCAAACACGCUACAUGUACGUCAGGCUCGGUGAGUUUGACGUGUUGGUGGAUCAUGGCAAUGAGGCCACUCACCAAGUGGAAACUAUAAUCACCCACAAUAAAUACAGGCCAGAAACCUACCACAAUGACAUCGCACUCAUCAAGCUGGCCACGCCCAUCAAGUUCACCAGGUUCAUCCUACCCGCCUGCAUACCUGAGCCAAAUUUUGCAGAAAAGGUGCUAAUGCGGCAGCCGGACGGCAUGGUCAGCGGCUUCGGCCGUCUCGGCGAGGGUCGGCAGCCGUCCACCAUCUUGCAGCGCCUCACCAUCCCCUACGUGGAUCGCCUGACCUGCAUGGAAUCCACCCAGCUGCGCAUCUCCGCCCGCAUGUUCUGUGCCGGCUACGACCAAAUAGCCAAGGACGCCUGCCAAGGUGACAGCGGCGGGCCGCACGUCACACGCUACCGCAACACCUAUUUUAUCACCGGUAUCGUGAGCUGGGGCGAAGGCUGCGCUCGCAAAGGCAAAUACGGCAUCUACACCCAGGUGUCCAAGUACAUCCGCUGGAUCCGUGACGGCAUUGACAAACUGAUGCCGAAAGAGCAGAGCGGCGGCAGGAUGAAGAGGCACCGCGGCCCCAUCAAGAGGCUGUUCCUGUAA